AUGGCAGCGUCAACUACCAUCACUGAAAUCAAGCCUAGAGAUGACGCGCCACCGCGCCCACCACUCCCCCACGCGCUGCUCAAUCCUUUGCUCGCGACGUUGAGCGUCGACACUCUCCAAGUGAAGUUCCAGGUUAUCACCCGCGACGAUCAAGAGAUCAUCGUUGGACGUCUCAAAGUGCCCACGGCUACCGGGCAUGCAUUCAUCCUCAGGCGAUUCGAUACCGGAGCAAUCAGCGUCUCUACCAUGAUUCGUGCUGCUUAUCCCGGUUUGCCGGACGAUAUCGAGAAGAAAGAGACAACUUGGGUCCGAACUGCAUAUGACUGCGCGGGCGCUAAUGGUCAAGGACCCCGUCGCCUCGCUGGCGUCUGGGCUCCUCUGCCCGUUGCAAUGGCCCUCGCGCCGUCGUACGAGCUUGAUGAGGUCGUACAGCCUCUGGUGGAGGCUGAACCCGAUCCCAAGGGCAUUGCUCGCAAGACCGCCACUCGCUCGUCCACUGCCACUGAAUCUAGUCCUUUACCGCCUAUAAGCAGCCCUCCAUCUAAGCUAUCUCCUGCUAGCACAGCCGCUGCGUCGAGUCCACCCGCAAAGCGCCGUCGAGGUGAAUCGCCGUCAAUAACCAACACACCCGCCUCCCUCCCUAAACUCUCACAAACCUCUCAGCUCCCUGUUCGCACUACUCGCUCGUCUGCCUCUCCUGCUCGCCUUACCGGCCGUUCGUCUGCUUCUCCUGCACGUUCAAUUCGGUCCAGAGCAGCCGCAGUCGCGACUAGUCCUAAAACAGCGCCGGUACUAGAGAAUGCUGCAGCCGAGCAAGCAGAAGAGGAAGCCCACGUCCCAGGUCCUGACAUGAACGAGGACAUUGCCGAGCAGAAGCUCCUUGUUGCGACUCUCAAGGCUGCUCAAGAGGUCGCAGCUUCUGAUCCAGCUGCACAUAUUAGCUCCGUUUCAGUGAAGAGAAAUCAUGAAGAGACAUCCAGUGGCGAUGCGACAACGACUACGCAGCUCACGUUGAAUCUACAGAAGGAUGAGGCGAGUGUUGGUCAGGGGGCCGAUGAGAGGCCCAUCGCCACGAACCGCAGGAUUCUACUUACGCCAGCACGGAAGACUGCGUUGUGGGGCACUUUAGCGUUUUCCAUUGGAUUGAGUGCUGCCGCAUUCCUUCCCCAGUUCCUCUAAUCCGCCAUGGUAGUCUGCUUAACCAGCUAUCAUCCCUCCCACUCUCACAUUCACAACCAAUUUUACCCCCUUUACGUUUUCGGCGUCUGUCCCGAACUAUUCCUUCCGGACUAGCUUCAUCAUAAUUAGCCAUGGGGCCCCAUAUAUUUAUUAUGAACAAGAUGAUGGUUAAGCCAUCCGUGUACAACACCGAGUCGCACAACCUAUUUUCAUUUCCAUGCUUGGUCUUUCCUUUCAACCUUUGAUUUUUUUGUCCCAUGUCCCGUUUUACCAUGUUGAUGACUUUACGCCGCCUUAUGCCAUUCUUUUUCGUCCCCUGGGUUGUCUGGUUUGUACAAGGUCAUGCAUUUAAUCCUGUACCGAAGUGUUCAUCUGUUGCAUGAGCGGUAGCUCGAUGAUAUUCGCUUAGUACACGGCGACUCAAUACAAUGUGCAUGGUCAUCUUCCCUUCU